CGCGACGCGACGUUCGCAGCCUCCGCCCCGCGGGUUGUUGUGCCCUGGAUCGCUGGCCUCCGGGUGGGUGUGCGUUGGAGUGUCGCCUAGGUAUCUCAAUCUAUUUCCAAAUGAUAAUCACGGUCGGAACUGCGGUCAACGAGACGUUACCUGUCGUUCCAAUGGCUCAGUAUCGGUGUCCAAACCACCGACGCAACGGUGGAUUAUUAUUGAAUCGAUGCCCGUGUUCAGAACAACAACGGCACUUUCAAAUGACUCUGGAGGGUGUACUCGUGCUUCAUCUCGAAAAGCGUCCAACAACUUUCCCCUGCACUCGCUAGCACCGACCUCGGCAAAUGCACGCACCGGAAUGAUUUUCCAGGGUAUUCGAAGCACGAUGCUCGUGGAAUUCAACUCAAUUUUCUCGACUUGAACAUUUUAGUUUUACAUUUCUAAAUCCUUCGAAUUGAGCACAUCGUGAAACAAUCCCCGGAUACACUCACAGUAUGGAACGCGGUCCACGAUUAUGCAUUUUAUCCUCCAAUACUUUUUAGCGAGGAGGAUUGUCAUCCGUGACCAGAUGAAACUUAAACGCCAUCAACUGCGAAACUUUCUGCGCGCAUUACUCGGACUGGUAUCAUAGCAAAGAGCGUUUUAAGUGCAAAAAUGAAGCCUUGAGAAAAUUGUCCCAGUAGUGCACCUGAGCGAAAAAAUUUAUCGAAAAAAGCCGCCGCAAGUCAAACGUAGACUUGUCAAAGCGCAUUAGAUCACCCGAAAGACUCUCGGGAAUUGUUUCGACGAAUUUUAUUUUAACAAAAUAAAAAGAGUCUUUGCUUCUCUCAAUGACGCUUGUGUUGGGUCGGACGGCCGGUAAGUGAUAUCUUCUGCAUUCGCGGUUGCGUUUUGGACACACACCGAAACAAACUUAAGUGAUGAAACUGCCGGAAAAGCGCGCCAUUUUACUUCAAAGUACAGCUCUCGUUGGUUCUCUGGCGGAAUAAUGUCUGUCUCGGCUGUUUUUUUCUGAGACAACGUCGAUUUUUGCGCACGGCUUUCUCGCGCGUCUCGUCUUGAUACAAAUAAGACAAAUUUUGCUGAUUUAAAUGCAUCGGUGAUUUCAUCCAAAUUAGAUCAGACAAAUUUUAAUGGAGACUAGAUUUCGAAUAUUUGUGCGUGACGGCUCUGUUCGCUAUCACGGCAGCGCAGUGGAAGCCCGAAAUGUUUUGAAGCUCUCGUAGGAUUCUGAUACAGCGCAUGGAUGUUUAGCUCGCAGCUGGAGCAAUUAACAUUAGCCAGACAACCCGCGGCGCAUGACGCAAGCUAUCUCUCUCACUUUUGCCUUUUGUCGUCAGCGGCCCUCUUUUUUCAUACGUAUAUUUUCCAUCCGAUUCCCGGUUUCAAUCACGCUUGCAUUGGCUCCUCGUUUUUGCUCCACUUUUGACUCGCCGAGUUUAGGGCGCUGUUUUCCGCGUCUCGUAUCCUGGGCAUCGAGCAGUGAUAACGAGACGCUCAUCAUGUUGUCGUCGACGAAAUUCAGCCCGCGCCCUCACUCGGACUUUUUAAUCCAUUGAAGUCGGCUCGAGUGCUCAAGACAACCGUCAAGUUUCGCGCAUCAGUUCCUCGAGGCUCCUCGAACCCCCUCGCUCGUCUCCGUGUUUCGUUCCGGAGUUAAAUGCAGCCAUGAAUCUCCCCACACGCGCCCGUUCGUCAUACCCGGAGAAAUCCUUGAUUUUCUGAAAGUAUGAAGGGACUCUAAUGUGGAUUUUUGCGUAAGCGUCAAAGCGUCGAUUCCGUGUCGGCUCAGCAUGAAGCCGUGAUUUGAGGCUGCUCUCAGCAUCGGGGGUUUGGACCAUCGAGCGGCGACUCGGCGAGCAAUCCCGGCGCGAAGCGUGCGUGAUCCGAUGGAGGGUUUCUCGACGAUGCGGGCCGGUCACGGUCACGGCUACCGGCGGCGGGGCCGGCUCGUCCGCUCGGAGAAGGUGAUGGAAUCGAGCACCCCGCACGUCACCGCCUGGGACAUCAUCAUCCGGGACUCCCUCCUCCAGAUCGCCUGGCCCAUGUCCCUCAGCACCGACGGCAACCUCCACAGCCGAUUCGUCAGAAACAGUUCCUCGUCCAAUGAUCUCAUAUCCCGUCGCGGUGUGUUCAGUAGACGGCAUUAUGGCUCCGUUGAAAUGCUACCUCAAGUUGAAAAUAAUGGUCAAGAGUCCGGAGGCAAGAGAUUCCGGGUCGAAAAUGGAGACUCGGUCACUAAGGAGUGCGGAGAGAUGUUUGGCUCUCCGAGCACUCCGGUCCUUGAAAAUCCCGAAUACCAAACGAGGUGGUACUUCAAGUAUUUCCUUGGAAAAUUACAUCAAAAUUACGUAGGCGCUGAUGCCGAUCGCGAACCGUUCUUCCUAUCAGUAGUGCUCAGUGAGGCGAAUAGUCAAUGCGGACCGCAAUAUAGAGCCAUCCUAUGGAGAAAAUACGGAGCUCAAAAAAUAGUAUUGCCAUACACAAGCAACAAACCAAUGACUGUGAAGCAAAUUUUAAGUAAUUUCCCAAAUAUGGAUAAGUUAGAAAAAGGACCGAAGGAAAUAUUUACGCCUGAAAUUCAGAAGGAUUUACUAUUACUAGAAGAGCAGGAAGGGUCAGUCAAUUUUAAAUUUGGUGUCUUAUACACAAAACCCGGUCAACCUACAGAUGAUGAGAUGUUUAGCAAUGAGGAAGGAAGUGAAGAAUUCGAUAACUUUAUCGAUCUUCUAGGUGAAAAAAUUCGACUAAAAGGAUGGGAUAAAUACAGGGGAGGUCUAGAUGUUAAAGGUGAUAUGACGGGUAAAUAUUCUGUCUAUACCAUUUAUGAAGGUCAUGAAAUUAUGUUUCAUGUGUCCACGCUCCUACCAUACUCAAAAGACAACAGACAGCAGGUUGAGAGGAAACGGCAUAUAGGCAACGAUAUUGUCAAUAUUGUCUAUCUGGACGGUGGAGCCGCUCAUAUGCACGAGUUCAAUCCCUCCUUCAUUAAGUCACAGUUUACCCAUGUUUUUGCCCUAGUUGCGUAUCAAAAAGAAGAUGAAUCCUACCGACUCAUCGUUUUUUCAGAAGAGUCUGUUCCUCUCUUUGGCCCUUCACUUCCUUGUCCAGCUUCUUUUAAGUCAAGGGAGGAAUUCAGAGAGUUCCUAAUUGUCAAAUUAAUUAACGGAGAGAAAGCAGCCUUUAACACACCAACUUUUUCGAAAAAGAGGGAACGUACCUUGGAUAUGCUUAUCAAAGACUUGUACUCGGAGCAUAUGGCUGACUCUGGAAGUAGAGUGACGAUGCUGAACCGGCGGGCAUUCAGCGACGUGUUGCCGGACCCGCCGAAGACGUCGCGGCGGAAGGAGGAGGCGCGGCAGGUGGAGUUCGUGCGGAUCGGGCAGGCGCUCAAGCUGGACACGAUCGUGAAGGGGGACGCCCCGACGAGCCUGGCCACGACGGGCCUCUUCAAGCGCGCCCCGUGGGAGCCCCACUGCUUCUACCCCGACUUCGGGCACGAGAUCGGCUGCGGCGACUCCUGGGCCGAGACCCGACUCAUCGUCGGCACCGAGAACGGCGUCUUCCUCGUCGAAGAUGGAGUAACGCACAAGCAAAUCUUCGACAAAUCCCUGCAGGUGAAGCAAUUGCAUGUAGUGGAAGCCCACGGAAUUCUCUUACUCCGGGCUGAUAAAGGUAAAGAUGGUAAAAUUUACGUGUUCCGACUGUCUGAUUUUGAGAGCGAUAGCAACACGGAGCUAGUACCCAGGAGUAAGCAAGAUGUAAAAGAGCAUCGCUUGGAAAGGACGAGAGGCUGCCAGAGUUAUGCCAUCAGUAGGCCUGGAGGGUCUCACCUUCGAAUGGUAGUGAGCUUUGGUAAAAAAUUGCUCAUGAUGCAAUGGAGGCAUUCAGCAGCCUGGACCGCGUGGUGCCCGGCAAGCGACACAGACACAGUGGACGGAUUUUUAUACUUGAGGGAAAUAACGAUCCCUGAGACACCGCAGAUCAUCACUCUGAUUGACUCGUCAUUAGCGGCAUCAGCUGGAGGCUCAGCCGAUAACCAUAUUUGUAUAGGCUAUCGUCAUCAGUUCGACUUGGUCAACGAGCGGACUGGAGAGGUGAAAAAACUAUUCGCUGUUCAAGAAAGCACACGCUCACAUCUGGUCGCGGCUGUGGACCUCUACGAAGAUGAGGAGCCGGAACUACUCCUUUGCUACAAUAAUACCUGUCAUUUUCAAAAAUUAUGUGAUGAACGAUUUUCCACCGAGUUUGAUUUUCAUUGGAACUCAAUACCCCAAGCUAUCGUGUGUGCCUUCCCAUACAUCCUGGCUUUUACAACGGAUUCAAUGGAAAUUAGACUAAUAAUCAAUGGAAAUCUUGUACAAACACUAGCGAUGCCAAAACUAACCUUAAUCUGCUCCAAGAAUGAUAUAUUUUUCUCAACAACAGCCCCUGAGUUCUUCAGUGGAAAAACCGAGAGACUCCAGGUAGAAACUAAGCUUGACAGGGAUCCGAGCUUGUCACCACCGCCUUCUCCUCACU